AUGGCGGGGUGUAGCGAUGAUCCGUUUAAUGCGCUGGUCAAUUCCUUCACAGAACAGAUAUCCAUGCUCAAGCAUCUCUGCAUGAUGCGCUCUACGGACUCGUUGGAGGCGUGGCAAAGUGCGCUGCGUGAUUUGGAUGCUCGGGUUACCCAAAUCGAACGCCACAAGGCCGACCUCAGGACCACAGCGAACAGAGAGCUGCGCUAUGUGGGCCAAUCUCGAGAGCUGGUGGAGUUGCUGAAGCAGCAGCAGGAGCAUGCCGUGAAGAUGGAAGCCCAGCUGCCACCCGACCUGCGGCAGAGCACCGGGGCCGGACUCAAGAAGUCUGUCGCCGCCACACCUACGGAGAGCAACGAUAGCUCGACCGCGGAGGCGGGGGGACGCAGGAGGAAGAAGGGAUUCCAAAUACCCGCUCUCGCUCCCGUCUCGAAGGAGGAACUCAGCGGCUGUCCCAGCUACAUCCGAGGGCGGAUCACCGUGCAGAAGGUCAACGCGGCCAUCGACGAGAUCCUGAGCGUGGUGCAGGAGAAGUACCGCAUCCUCUCCUUGCCAACCUCCAAGAUGGGCGCCGCCACGAGGACCAAACACCAGGUGUACAGCGACCAGCAGAAGGAGGCGGGCGACAGCGUCUUCUUCACCGAUGACGAGAUCAAGGCCUCGCAGCACGUCAAGUUUGAUGCCACGGGCAAGGCCAUCCUUGCCACCCUCCAGUCCCUGGGCCGACUCAAGAUCGACGGCGGCCGGGUCAAGAAAUACGUGCUACUCGGUGCAUGA